UACAGCAAACUUCAGAUAGAUAGAUAUAUCCUCGUGUAUAUUUUAUAAUACAAAUUUUAUGGUACAAUGACAUACAACUUGCAUUGAUUAGCGUUAUCGCAUUUUGCAAGCCUUCGCUGCAUUCGCGCAGGCGAACCGAUCCCAUCAUCCAUUUCGGCCCGGUUCGGUUCGGUCCGCUUCGGUCAAUCAUUCAGUUAAUCGCGAGCGUCGCGAGCAGUCGCGAGUUAUCCCGCCGGUGGGAUAUCACGGGGACGUUACGCGACGGUGGUGUGUUUGGAUCCUCGGAAUCGCGCGGAUGCGCUCGCCUUCCUCUCUACCACCGCCCGUAUCUCGGCGCCACCCAGUCCUCGUCGUCGUCACCGGCACUCGAGUUGUCGCAGUACGUACUAUCCGUGCGAGGACCCGCGCAUCACCAGAGGUACACGAUGUCAAACGACGAGUCGUUUAAUAGUCUAUUUACCGCCACGGACAGCAUCGACGGCAUCUGGCCCUUUCUACAAAGUAUCGAUUGGAGGGAUCCAUGGCUGGCUGCGCUAUUGACCUUUCACGUUGCCGUCACGAUGACCGCGUUAAUGACGAGAAAUCAUGCGAAUUUUCAGAUAAUCUUGUUUCUCGUACUCCUACUCUUGGUUUAUUUCUCAGAAAGUAUUAAUGAAGUUGCGGCGACAAACUGGAUGAUAUUUUCUAGACAACAGUAUUUCGACUCGCAAGGCAUGUUCAUAUCCAUUGUUUUCUCCGUACCCAUUUUAAUAAACUGCAUGAUCAUGGUGGCCAGUUGGCUUUAUCAGUCCAGUCAAUUAAUGACAUUCUUGAAACGAGCUCAGCUACGGGCUCAGCAGGCCAAAAAUCGUCAGUUGGACGAUCGUGUGGCGACAAACGGCGAAAGAACGGCCCGGCCGAAACAUGAGUGAAGAGUUUCGACGGUCUAGUCAUAACACGCGAUAGAAUGAGAGAGUGCAAAGCGUGCUAUUUAAUUAAGGACAAGAAAGAAUAUCACUAAGAUUAUAUUUACGUGGACUUACAGCUAGAAAUAGAUUUUCACAGCGCUGUGUAACACUUGGCCAUCGUUGGUAACAUUAGUUUAUAGUCAAAAAUUAUUUUGAACUCGACAAGACGUUUUUUAUAGAAUUUUAGAUGCCACAAACUAAAUUUCAUCAGCGGUUAAAUUUCUGAAAUAAUUAAGGUUUAAUGUUUAAUGUAAAAUAAUUUUAUUUGAAAUUUUUUGUGUGGAAAAAGUUAGCAUUAUCUUGAAAUUCUGAUCAGAAAGCAUGAAUGCAUUGUCUGUCAUCUAUAAAAUGCAUUUUUAAAAUUUUGAUAUCUUAUUUUUUUUUAGCCAUGUUAUAGAGAAUUUAAAUUUAAAAUUUUUAUAAGAUAGCAAAUUUUCCGCGAUGAAAUAGUACAUAUAUACUUAUAAUUAGUAGUUUGUAGCUAAAGACACGAUGAAAAAAACAAUUGUAGUAUAAUUCAUGAUAAAUUCUGCUAAAUUUACGCAAAUACACACACACACACACACACACACACACACGCGCGCGCGCGUGUAUGUGUGUAGCAAUAUAAGAAUAUACAGUAGGGAUGUACGAUAUCAGCACUUUUGAUCAUUUUCAGCCAACCUGUCAGGCUCUGCUAUAUUUUUUGGCUACAAAAUAUCGACGCAAGUACCGUAUCAAUAAUAUUAGAAACUAUCGCCAAUAGUAAUUUUAUAUUUAUAUUUAUAUUUUUUUUUUCGAACAUUCUUGAAUACAGAAAGUACAAUUAUAAAAUGUUAAAACGGCGUAACGCUUUGUAACCGGACGUGAUACUUGAUUUUAUUUUGUUAAGUUUAGUUGUAUUUCUCUAUCUUAUGAUCGCAGUGUCGACGAUAUUUUACUUUGCAAAAAUACAUUCAUGACUUUUGAUCAGAAUUUCAAAUUAAUUUUAUUUACAAAAAAAUUAAACAUAAAAAAAUUAUUUUUUGCACAUAUUAAACUUUAAUUAUGUCAGAAAUUUGACCUGGCCUGCAGUAUCGUUUUCAGCAUUCAAACGUUUAUAAGAAACAUUUUGUUUAGUUCAAUAUAAUUAAACAAAAUAAUUUUUUUGUAAUCGCUUAUCCGAUCUCACAACGCAAAACGAUUAGCCAGUUUGAUAUUUUACGCGAAAAGUUGUGUAAUGAAAAGAGGUGAGAUAGGAAAGGAGAGGAAAAAAGUACACAUAACAAUAUAUCGGAAUGAUAACGCACGUCGGAGUUGCCUAGUCAAACUCUCCGUUAGAACGUACAUCUCCCGACAUUGUGCCGUAUUACACACAACGAUUUUAUAAAAUUAAAUCACUUAAUGCGUGAAACGCAGCUGGAUUGAUGAGAGAUAAUCGGCCGUGUUGCGAACAAUAUCUAUGCAGGAGGGGCACGUAAUGCCGAUCAUGUGGCAAGCUACGCACUUGCCCUUGUCUUACCAUUGAGACUGACUUUGACCAAAUGCAAUCGUAAUUUUUUUUUAUUGCUGAACCUUGGAAAAAAAUGAUGAGAUUAAAGAUGAUGAAUUAUAUAAUCGGACUUUUUUUACCAUGUGAAUUAUGAACUAACGAGAACCAAUACAUGAUAGUUAUGCGUAUAUAAAAAAUUUAUUAGGUUGAAAUUUAACAUUCAACUCUUAAGUUGAAAAGUUUGCAAACGUUUAAAUUUCAACUCAAUAAAUUUUUAAUUCAUUGCGUUACAUAUUUAAGUUAUUUAAAUUUGAAAAAAGUUUUUCUUUUAUACUAAUUAUUAUAAUAUUACAGAAGAGAACAAGAAAGAAAACUAUAUAUUUUUAAAUUUUGGAUAAAAACACUAAGGCUUUAGAUAGAAAAAGAGACAUGAAGAAAUUAUAUCAAAAGCGUUGAUUCACAGAAUUAAUAGAACGGAUUAAUAGAUACUGAUACAUCUUGCUUUUAAAAAUCCACAUUUAUUAUACAUUGAAGUUGAUUUCGAACCGAGAUUAAAAGUAUUUUGAUGAAAGCAUCAUCUAAAUCAAACGUACCUCUAUAAUUAAAGAUUACGAAUUUGCGUAAAUGAAAUAAUCCGUGUAUACGGGAUGUAUGGAUUCAAACCUACGAACUGAAGUUAUAAUUGUAGGAACUAAUUAUAUUGACAACAAUCGGUGAUUAAUUGUCUACGGUAAAAAAAGUCCGAUUGUAUAAUUAAUCUUCGUUGAUCUCUCUUCAUUUUUUUUCCAAAGUGUUGUUAUAAAAAAAGUUAAUGACUCACGUUAAAUUGCGCAAGUAUUACAUGAUACAUAAAUUAUCGAAUGUAAAUAAUCGGAGUUUGGUCGAGGUCACUCACGAGCAACAUUCCGCUAGUUCAUUUACGUUGUUUUGAUAUUACUGGAGAAUCAAAGUGUUCUUAAUGCGUAAUUAAUGUACUUAAAAAAUUACAUAACAUAAAGCGCAGAGGCAUGUGUCACUUCACCGAAAUAGUUCCACUGUAAAGAGACAUAACGCAUUAAGGAUUCCUAAUACACAAUAACAUCUGCGUGCGCAUGAUACGAGUGUGCGUGCACGAGCGAGUGAAUCUUGCGUGAGCAGCAGUCUUUCCACGAAUUAUGGUUUUACGAUUUUGAGAAAGAAACGGACUGUCCUGAGAUGCGGUGUGAUGUGUUAUUCUCUGAAUUGUAUAUUGAUGUAAAUCAAAGCGCAUUACCUUGCCGCCUUUAUAUUUAAUAUAAGCGUUUAACCAUUUUAAGAUAAUAAUAAAGAGUAUUUGUUCAUAUACAAA